AUGUAUGCCUUUCACUCGAGAAGGAAUUCCUUAAAUUUGGAAAAAUCUGUCAAUGAUCAAUACAGCGAUUACGGCAACUAUACAGGUAACAUAUGCCAACCUGAUUAUGUUAGAAAGAAUGGUGGGCCUACAUGCAGACCUCGAUGUCCAAAAGGUCACUUUUUCUUAAAUGGUAUGACAGAAUGUCACCCCUGGUUAGAUUGCAGUGAUAUACGGAUCGAUGUCAAAUUUGGACCCAAAAUUGGUAGCGGAAACAUCAAAAAAGUUUAUAAAGCCAGAUGGAAAACUAUGGCUCUAGUAGCCAAUCGUGGCAAUCCAACUUUCCUCAAGUCCUAUUUCAACCGAGGUCUUAAAAACUUAAUCGAAAUGCAACCUAGUCCGCACGUAACGCAGUAUAUUGGUCACUGUCGAAACUAUCUGUUAACCGAAUUUCAUCCUUUAGGUAACCUGGGAAACCUUGACCAAAUUUUAUCCGACACCUUACCUCAUUUAAACACCUUGUAUACCCGUUUCCGGAUUUGUGUAGAUUACGCGACUAUCCUAUCCUUUUUAGCGGACCCAGAAAAAAUGUCCGGGGGUGUCAGAAUAAUGUGCGACACUUCAUCCCUGUCCAAAUUGUUGCGUCAAUACCUUUUGACGAAUAGUUUAAGGGUUAUACUAAACGACGUGGAAAGUUUACCCUUGAUCGACUAUGCCAAAGGUGAGAAGAACACUAAAUGCGGGAAGAAGCCUAAAGUGGGUCUGUUUUCAGCGCCGGAACAAAGAUGGCCUGAAGGGGGCGUCAAUCACAGUCAUUCUAGCCAACUUUUGUACGACGAGAAAGUAGACAUAUGGAAGUUACCUGACGUCUGCAAUUACAUCUUAGGUAACAGCAGUGGUAGUCGGCUAUUCAAAAGAUAUUUGCGAGAUAAGGUUCAUCUUCAAUGCAAAAAUGAUGAUCCCAAACUUCGACCCAGCGCGAUUCAAGUUCUACGGAUUUAUAAGAACAUCUACAAUGAAUUUGCUAGUUAA